GUAUAAAUGAGCCAAAUGGCCCAAAUCUCUUCCCCUAUAAAAGGAGUGUCCAUCUCCAUAUCUCUCACAACUCGCUCUACUUUCUCCUUUUCCCCUUCAUUACUCCGCUUCACUUCUCACACGGCUCGUUUCUCUUUCAGAUCUAUAAGAGCAAUGGCCUCCCAUAUUGUUGGGUACCCUCGUAUGGGGCCAAAGAGAGAGUUGAAGUUUGCGUUAGAAUCGUUCUGGGACGGCAAGAGCACCGCCGAUGAUUUGCACAAGGUUGCGGCUGAUCUCAGAUCGUCCAUUUGGAAACAAAUGGCGAAUGUCGGAAUUAAAUUCAUCCCCAGUAACACAUUUUCAUACUACGAUCAAGUUUUGGAUACCACUGCUAUGUUGGGCGCUGUUCCUUCCAGAUAUAAUUGGAAUGGUGGUGAGAUUGGUUUCGAUGUCUAUUUUUCAAUGGCAAGGGGUAAUGCUUCUGUUCCAGCUAUGGAAAUGACCAAGUGGUUUGAUACCAACUACCAUUAUAUUGUGCCUGAAUUGGGACCGGAAAUCAAGUUUUCAUAUGCUUCUCACAAGGCUGUCACUGAAUAUCAGGAGGCCAAAGCCCUUGGAGUUGAUACAGUUCCUGUCCUGGUAGGCCCUGUCUCAUACUUGUUGCUGUCUAAACCGGCAAAGGGUGUGGAGAAAUCAUUUUCUCUUCUUUCCCUUAUUAGCAAGAUUCUUCCUGUCUACAAGGAGGUUGUGGCUGAGGUGAAGGCUGCUGGGGCUACCUGGAUUCAGUUUGAUGAGCCAACUCUUGUGAUGGAUCUUGAUUCUCAUCAAUUAGAAGCAUUUACUAAUGCUUACUUUGAGCUGGAGUCAUCUCUGUCUGGUUUGAAUGUCUUAAUUGAGACAUACUUUGCUGAUGUUACUCCUGAGGCAUACAAAACUCUCAACUCGUUGAAGGGUGUCACUGGGUACGGGUUUGACCUGGUUCGUGGAACAAAGACACUUGAAUUAGUAAAAGGUGGAUUUCCUUUGGACAAAUAUCUCUUUGCUGGAUUGGUUGAUGGUAGGAACAUUUGGGCUAAUGAUCUUGCUUCUUCCCUCACUACCCUGCAGACUCUUGAGGGCAUUGUCGGAAAGGAUAAGCUUGUAGUCUCAACAUCCUGCUCACUACUCCACACAGCAGUUGAUCUAGUGAAUGAAACUAAGUUGGAUGAUGAGAUCAAGUCCUGGCUGGCAUUUGCAGCGCAGAAAAUAGUUGAAGUAAAUGCUCUGGCCAAGGCAUUGUCUGGGCACAAGGAGGAGUACUGCAUUCUGUGUGUCCAAGAAGUUAACUUUUGCUAUCUGUUGGCUUGA